UUCCAUUGAAUGCCAAGUGUUUUCAUUGGUGCUUAGUUAUGCACUACGUUGUGUUCACCUCAUACUAUCCGGACUUUAGUCUCGUUCUGGCUUUCAACUAGUCACCCAUCACACACACUCACAAAAAAAUCUAUAUAUAUUAACUCACAAACACACACGACUGUUAUAAAUAAUUUUAAUAAUUAAAGUGUUUAUUAUUAUGAAUAAAUAGUUAAAUUUAAUUAACAGUUAUUGUUUUAUAUUAUUAAAAAAUGAGUGAAAAACGUAAUAAGUUAUACAGACACAGAGUACGUGAUAAUGUAACUCGUGAAAAUAAACAAGAAAUACCAGUUGAACGUAGAUAUCGUCAUGAAUUACCAGACGAAUUUGGAAUGGUUUCUCGUGCUACAAAACCGCCAAUGGCCUUGCUAGAUGAGAAUGUAAAUCGUGUGCCAGGAAAUAACAGAUAUCAAGAAAUAGAACGUCCAGCGAGACGAGAAAAAAUUGAGAAAUUGUCUACGAUGGAUUCAUCAAUGGAAAAAAAAAAUAUAAAAGAGGACAAAGGACAUCCAGUACAGGUAGUCUUGGCACAUCCAAAUCAUACCUUUGAACUUGACGAGGAAGCCCUGUCAGAUAUUUUACUUCAAGAUGACAUAAAAGACCGCAGUGUUGUGGUUGUCUCUGUUGCUGGUGCAUUCAGAAAAGGAAAAAGCUUUUUGCUUGAUUUUUUUUUACGUUACAUGGACAGCAAGUACAUCGACAAACAAACAGAUGAUUCAUGGCUUGGUAAUGAUGAUGAACCAUUGAGUGGUUUUUCAUGGCGUGGUGGUUCAGAAAGAGAAACAACUGGUAUAUUAAUGUGGUCAAAAGUAUAUCCAACAACAUUACCAAAUGGUGAAAAAAUAGCUGUUAUAUUGAUGGAUACACAAGGUGCAUUUGACAGUCAAUCAACAGUUAGAGAUUGUGCAACUGUAUUUGCAUUAAGUACAAUGUUAUCAUCAGUACAAAUAUUUAAUUUAUCAUCAAAUAUACAAGAAGAUGAUUUACAACAUUUACAAUUAUUCACUGAAUAUGGAAGACUUGCACUUGAAAAAUCUGGCUCAACACCAUUUCAAAGAUUACAAUUUUUAGUUAGAGAUUGGACGUAUCCAUAUGAAGCUGAAUAUGGUGCUGAUGGUGGUUUUAAAUUAUUACAAAGACGUUUAGAAGUAUCUGAUAUGCAACAUCCAGAAUUACAAAGUUUACGUAAACAUAUUAAAUCAUGUUUUUCUGAUAUAUCAUGUUUUUUAAUGCCACAUCCAGGAUUAAAAAUUGCAACAAAUCCAAAAUUUGAUGGUAGAUUAUCAGAAAUUGAAACAGAUUUUAAAAAACAAUUGAGAAAAUUAAUACCAACAUUAUUAGCACCUGAAAAUUUAGUUACUAAAAAAAUUAAUGGACAAUCUGUUAAAGCUAAAGAUUUAGUUGCAUAUUUUAAAUGUUAUAUUGAAAUAUAUAAAGGUGAUGAAUUACCACAACCUAAAAGUAUGCUUGAGGCAACUGCUGAGGCAAAUAAUUUAUCAGCUGUUGCUGAAGCUAAAGAUCUGUAUUUACAAUUGAUGGAGUGUGUUUGUGGUGGAACAAAACCAUUUUUAGCAACAGCACAUUUAGAAUCAGAGCAUAAAAGAUGUGUAGAAAAAGCAAUUUAUCAAUUUUCAAAUAAACGAAAAAUGGGAGGUGACGAUUUUAGUGAAAAAUAUAGAGAAAAAUUAAGCAAGGAUAUGGAUGAAGCAUUUCUUCAAUUUAAAGCACACAAUGAAUCAAAAAAUAUAUUUAAAGCAGCUCGUACACCAGCAGUAUUUUUUACAAUUGCUAUUAUAACAUAUAUUUUAUCUGGUGUAUUUGGAUUAAUUGGUAUUUAUCCAGUUGCUAAUUUUUGUAACCUCACAAUGGGAGUUGCACUAUUGACACUUGCUUUAUGGGCAUACAUAAGAUGGAGUGGUGAAUUUCGAGAAGUUGGUACUCAAAUUGAUGCUCUGGCAAGUGCAAUGUGGGACAAUUUUAUGAAGCCAAUUUAUCAACAGUUUGUGGAAAAAUCAGUUUCUGUUGCUGUCGCACAAGCAACUGAAGCAGCAACCAAUGUAACAAUGAGUGCUGUUAAUGGAAAGCCUAAACAAUCGUAAAAUAUAUUUUUAAAAUAUUUCUUAAAAAUCCAUGAUCCAUUCCCUAAUUUUUUUUUUUUUUUUUAAUUAACACUAAAAUAUAUAUAGAUAUAUUUAACAAAAAAAAGAAAAAUAAAUCUUGAACAAUAUUUAAACUCAAAUAAAAUAACCUGACAAUUUUUUUUUUGCUUUUUUUUACAUGAGAAUAAUUUAUUUUAAUUAUAUUGUGAGAGGACAGUAUUUAUAAUAUUAUCGAUGGAUCUUUAAAAUCGUUAUUAAAGUAAAUAAAAAAUUAGCAAAUUGUUAUAGUUGACACAUGAAAAUGUUGUCCAUAAUUAGAUAAUUAUUGUCAUUAAAAAUAAUAACUCAAAAUUUUUUUAUAAAAAUUCUUAAGUAUAAAAAAAAAAAGAGAGAAAAAAAAAGAGAAAAAAACAUUUUAAAACUACUCAUUAAUCGGGUUUAUUUUAAUAAUUUUGUUCAGGAUGAUUUUUUGUUUUUUAAAUUGCAUUAAAUGUAAAUAUUUAUAUAAAAAAAAAAAAAAGUUAAAUGCGUUAAUAAGUUUGUAAUUUUAGUAAUUUUAUUUUCAUCAGCUGUGCCACACAUUUUCACAAUUCAGGAUAUUUUAAAAUUACUUUUUUUAUUUCAUUUUAAUUUUUAUUAUUUUCAUUUGUGUUUGCUAUAAAGUUUAUUAUCCUGAGUAUCGUUAAAAAAAGAAUAUAAAAAAUUAACACUAGCGCAUUUGCCAUUAGCUUUGUAAAUUAAACUGUUAUGUGUUGUAAAAAAUCAUUACAAAAUGCAAAUG